GAAUUUGUUGAUAGAAUCUAUCAUUCGUCCGUGGUGCCGAUGCAACCUGGAAUCCUUUUCUCAAGUCAAGCUUGAUCGAGAUAACACAAUAAAUACAACAAAGCAACUGUGUGUAUUUUUCGACGCUUGACGACGAAAUAAUUUAAUUGCUGUUUUCGCAGAAGAAGAAGAAAGUUGCAUUCAGCGUUUACUAAUGCAUCAUCUUAGGCGUGGCACCAAUUGGGCCUUUAAUUCACGUUAUAGAUAAACUGCUUUCUCUUACAUUAUGGGCGUCUUCCCUCAACCCCCAAUCUGCAGAGAACCACCACCAUCUCUUCUUCGUUACAAAGGAAGAGGAUGAAAAGCUCAACCCCAGUAUCCUUUUCUAUUACUACCGUUUCUCCUCUCCUCCUCCUCUUGCUCCUCCUCACCACCGCCGAACUCUGUAGCUCCCAGCGCAAUAAAAGCUGCCCUCGUUCUUCUUGCGGCGACCUCAGCAUUCGCUCUCCGUUCCGUCUAAGGGGCGAUCCGCCUGACUGCGGUGAACCGCAGUUGGAACUUGUGUGUGAAGGAAAAGAUGCGGUGCUCUAUCGCGACUCCGACAAGUACUACGUCACCGAUAUCUCAUAUAAGAGAGGGCGAUGUCGGCUCCUCUAUGCUGGUUUCGUGACAGGCACUUGCCGUCUCCCACCCCGUGUCCCUUUUAGCGCUAUGGAUUUCGAUAACUUCCUUUCACCGUUCAUUUAUGAGUCAUUUCGGGGCUCAACUACAAUCUGGGCCAGUUUUAUGAACUGCACGAAGGAAAUCCACAGCCCGGAGUAUGUGGCCGUGCCUUGCCUUAGCGGGAACAACUCCACUACAUAUGUCGUGGUUGAGUCCGAUGCAUAUGCGCUACUCUACCUUAAGAAUUCAUGUAGCUUCAUCACCUAUCUUCCGGUUGAAGGAUUCUUGAGUACAGGCAUGGACAUCUUUGAGCUCCUACGGAAAGGAUUCCUGGUUGAAUGGUCAUUUACAAUCACGAACGAGAACAUCGUCGAGCAGUGUUGGACAAGCACGACAUCGUUAUAUACGUAUGUUGUUAUACAUGGAACCGACGCUAUUUACAUUAAGUUUCUAGAAUCCAUAUAUUUUGAGAUGGAUUUUCUAACUUGCAUCUUCUAUGAGGAGAGUGAUCCCAACCGCAGCCACACUAUCUUGAGUAUCGCACUGGUCUUGAUCAUUUUAUUAGACGUAGCUCUCUGUUUACUAGUGGGCAGACUUAUAUUUGCUACUUCAUCUGCUGCUGUGUUCCUGGCGUACAACGCUUGGAAAAUGAGAGCACCCGUCGACUCAGUAGAGAAGUUUCUGCGGAACCAGCAAACUCUGUCGCCCACACGGUAUGCUUAUAGCGACAUCAUCGCCAUGACAAGCCACUUCAGAGAAAAGAUAGGCCAAGGCGGCUUCGGUUCCGUCUUCAAAGGACAUCUCCUCGGCCGGUACCCGGUCGCUGUUAAGAUGCUGGGCGGCUCCAAGUUCGACGGAGAGGAGUUCAUCAACGAGGUCUCCACCAUCGGUAGGAUUCACCACUUGAACGUGGUGCGGCUUCUCGGCUUUUGCUCCGACGGAUCCAAGAGAGCGCUGGUGUACGAGUACAUGCCCGGCGGCUCACUCGACAAGCACAUCUUCUCUGCAAGCAGCAGCAACCAUCGCCGGUUCACCAUGGAGAAGCUCCGUGACAUAGCCCUGGGUGUGGCCAGGGGCAUCGACUACCUUCACCAUGGGUGCGACAUGCAGAUCGUGCACUUCGACAUCAAGCCCCACAACAUCCUCCUCGAUCACGCUUUCACUCCCAAGAUCUCGGAUUUUGGAUUGGCAAAGCUGUAUCCGAAGGACUACAGCCUGAUAUCCAUCAGCGCCGCGAGAGGCACGAUAGGAUACAUAGCGCCUGAACUGAUAUCUAGGAGCUUCGGGGUCAUAUCUCACAAGUCAGAUGUUUACAGCUUCGGCAUGCUGCUCAUGGAGAUGGCUGGAGGAAGGAGAAACGUGAAUCCAAAGGCGGACAAGUCCAGCCAGAUCUACUAUCCUUCAUGGAUCUACGACCAGCUCGCCGGAGAGGAAUGGCCAAGAGAGCCAAGAUUGGAUUGGACUACGGAGAUCGAUGCGAUGGAGAGAAAGCUGUGCAUGGUGGGGCUCUGGUGCAUUCAGAUGAAGUCAUGCGAUCGCCCCUCCAUGAGCCGCGUGGUGGAGAUGCUGGAAGGCGACGUGAAUGACUUGCGCAUGCCUCCCAAGCCCUUCUUCUCCGCCCCACAGCCAAGCUUGGGAAGACAGUCCUCCUGCAUGCCUUCAUGUUCUUCAGGACUAGAAAUCAUUUCAGAGCAUGACGACCUUCCCUGAAACUGACACAAGUAAAUGCGGUUUACCUGCAUUGUCCUCGCUAGUUUUAGUAUUCAAAUUGCUGGUGUGAGCAGGCCACUGUACUGUCGAUUUCCACAACAUCAAUAAGCAACGCAAGUCUGAAUCUCGUGUUAAUGUAAGAUUUAAUUUCAGGAGUUAAUGCUACGUGUUUUAUGCCA